ACCAAACUCGCUGCGCUCUCUGACCACUGCAACUUUUGCAGAGAGACUCACUCCUCACUCCACAGACAUGUCGCACAAUAGCUGAAGUAAACCUGUCACCGCAGGCUCUCUCUCAUCACCGGAGCCUCCAGGAACAACACAAGCAGCAGGCGGGGACCUGAGCAGCUCUGAGCGGCCUCUCUCUCCUCUCCUCUCCUCUCCGGUUCUGGUCGCUCUCCUCCGGUCGGAACCGUCGCACUGGAUCUGGAUUAUGAUCGUUUUCCUCUCUAAUGAACCGGGCCAGUAAUGCAGGAGGAGACCGCCGCGGAGACUCUCUCAUCAUCAGCACUACUGUUCCAAGAUGGCAGAUUUUCAUUGAGUUUUGAGCAGAAAUCUCGCUUUAUUUUUUUGCCAUGAAUAACAGAAACCCUUGCACCGAUGGCCCCUGUAUACGAAGGUAUGGCCUCGCAAGUGCAAGUGUUCUCCCCUCACACUCUCCAAUCAAGUGCCUUCUUUAGCGUGAAGAAACUGAAGGUGGAGCAGAGUUGCAACUGGGAUAUGACAGGGUACGGCACACACAGCAAAGUCUACAGCCACAACAGCAGCAAGAACUUGUCGUCCGCCGGUGGCCCCCUCGCCAUCAACAGCUCCCUGCAGGUCGCCAGCUCCACCCUGCCCUACGAGCAGGCGCUCAUCUUCCCAGCCAGCGCGGGCCACAUCGUGGUCGCCUCAGCCAGCAGCACUUCGGGGGCCUUGGGGUCUCUGCUGGGCAGCGGGGGUGGAGGCAGCAACAGCAACAGCAGCGGUGGUGGAGGUGGCGGCGGUGGCAGUGGUGUGGGUGGCGUGGUCGGCGUUCACAACCUGACGCGCCGCAGCACGGUCAGUCUCCUUGACACCUACCAGCGAUGCGGGCUUAAACGCAAAAGUGAGGAGCUUGACAACAACAGCAGUGUGCAGAUCAUUGAGGAGCACGGCCCACCGAUGAUCCAGAACGGAGCGGCCAGCGGGGCCACGGUGGCUACGGUGGCCACCGCCACCUCCACCGCGACGUCCAAGAACAGCGGAUCCAACAGCGAAGGGGACUACCAGCUGGUGCAGCACGAAGUGCUCUGCUCCAUGACCAACACCUACGAAGUGCUGGAGUUCUUGGGGCGAGGGACCUUUGGACAGGUGGUGAAGUGCUGGAAGAGGGGCACCAACGAGAUCGUGGCGAUCAAGAUCUUGAAGAACCACCCUUCGUACGCACGGCAAGGUCAGAUCGAGGUCAGCAUCCUGGCGCGUCUCAGCACGGAGAAUGCGGACGACUACAACUUUGUGAGGGCCUACGAGUGCUUCCAGCACAAGAACCACACGUGCCUGGUAUUUGAGAUGCUGGAGCAGAACCUGUACGACUUCCUCAAGCAGAACAAGUUCAGCCCUCUGCCGCUCAAAUACAUCCGACCUGUGCUGCAGCAGGUGGCCACAGCGCUAAUGAAACUGAAGAGCCUGGGGCUGAUCCACGCUGACCUGAAGCCAGAGAACAUCAUGCUCGUGGACCCGUCUCGACAGCCCUACAGGGUCAAAGUCAUUGACUUUGGCUCAGCCAGCCAUGUGUCAAAAGCGGUCUGCUCCACUUAUCUACAGUCCAGAUACUACAGGGCUCCGGAGAUCAUCCUGGGCCUGCCGUUCUGCGAGGCCAUAGACAUGUGGUCCCUGGGCUGCGUGAUAGCCGAGCUCUUCCUGGGAUGGCCCCUCUACCCUGGAGCCUCAGAGUACGAUCAGAUCCGGUACAUCUCUCAGACACAGGGUCUACCUGCAGAGUAUCUGUUGAGUGCGGGGACAAAGACCACCAGGUUCUUCAACAGAGACCCCGACUCCACCUAUCCUCUCUGGAGACUCAAGACUCCAGAGGGCCACGAGGGCGAGACGGGGAUCAAGUCCAAGGAGGCCCGCAAGUACAUCUUCAACUGCUUGGAUGAUAUGGCGCAGGUGAACAUGACGUCAGAUCUGGAGGGGAGCGAAAUGCUGGCGGAGAAGGCCGACAGGCGGGAGUUCAUCGACUUGUUAACCAAGAUGCUGACCAUCGACGCAGACAAGAGGAUCACCCCCAUCGAAACGCUCAACCACCCCUUUGUUACUAUGACACACCUCCUCGAUUUCCCACACAGCACACAUGUGAAGUCGUGCUUCCAAAACAUGGAGAUCUGCAAGCGUCGUGUCAACAUGUACGACACGGUCAACCAGAGCAAGACGCCCUUUAUCACCCACGUGGCCCCCAGCACCUCCACCAACCUCACCAUGACCUUCAACAACCAGCUGAACACUGUGCACAGCCAGGCCACCAACCUGGUUCCCUCCUCCACCAACAAUGCCACCCUUUCCUUUGCAAGUCCCGAUGUCUCCAUACUAAACUACCAAUCUGCACUCUACCAGCCCUCCGCUGCCUCUAUGGCGGCCGUGGCCCAGAGGAGCAUGCCCCUGCAGCCGGGACCUCCUCAGCUCUGCGCCGCCCGGCCCGACCCCUUCCAGCAGGCGCUCAUCGUCUGCCCACCUGGCUUCCAAGGGCUGCAGGCGUCCCCUUCCAAGCACACCAGUUACUCUGUGCGGAUGGAGAACGCUGUUCCCAUAGUGACGCAGGCCCCCGGUGCCCAGCCUCUGCAGAUCCAACCUGGCCUGCUUACACAGCAGGCCUGGCCCAGCGGCACCCAGCAGAUCCUGCUGCCUCCAGCCUGGCAGCAACUCACCCACACCUCAGUCCAGCACGCCACUGUCAUCCCCGACUCCAUGAGCAGCACACAGCCUCUCGCCAACUGGAGGAAUUCCCAUCCUCAUGGCAGCCAUUAUAAUCCCAUCAUGCAGCAGCCAGCCUUGUUGGCCGGCCACGUCACGCUCCCAUCCAACCAGACGCUCAAUGUUGGAGUGGCACACGUUAUGAGGCAGCCCUCAACCAAUAACAACUCCUCUUCCAAAAAGAACAAACAGCACCAGAUGUCUGCCAGGAACAUGUCGGCCUACGAGGUGUCGUCCUCUCAGGCGGUGCUGUCCCCGCAGCGCUCCAAGCGGGUGAAGGAGAACACGCCACCGCGUUGCGCCGUGCUACAGAACGGCCCGGCCUCCAACUGCCCGCCCCUGCAGGGCUGUGGGGGCGGUGGGUGGGGGGCCGGCGAAGCAGAGCAGGCUUCCAGCACCACCCGCGACCACCAGCACCAGCACCACGUCCCCAGACAGACCAUCAUCAUCCCCGACACGCCCAGUCCAGCAGUCAGCAUCAUCACCAUCAGCAGUGACACAGAUGAGGAAGACGACCACAAACAAAACAAGAGUUCAUCUUCAAAGCAGAGGAAGAAUGUCAUCAGUUGCGUGACGGUCCACGACUCGCCCGACUCCGACUGCUCCAGCAACAACAGCCCCUACACUGUGGAGUCCAGACCCCCCAACAACAACAGCUACGAUACAAAGACCACCAUCCUGGACAACUAUAACAAUGGGAACCCCCGCACCAUCAUCAUCCCCCCUCUCAAAACCCAGAACAGUGAGGUCCCCAGUGAGUGUGAGCGCCUGAUGCCAGAUGCAAUGAACCAUCAGAAUAUAGCUUACAAGUUCAAAUCCUCCAAUGUAUUGAUGUCUGGCAAUAAUCACCUACCAGGGGGCGUGGCCGUAGGCGGGUCCUACCGACAGCAGCGCUCUGGGUUACACCCCCUCCAGCAGCAGCCUCUCAAUCUCAGCCAGGCCCAGCAGCAUAUGGUAGCUGAUCGAAAUGGUCAUCGGCGCCAGCAGGCCUACAUCACCCCAACCAUCGCCACUCAGGCCCCGUACUCCUUCCAUCACAACAGCCCCUCUCACACGGGCAACGUCCACCCGCACCUGGCCGCCACACACAUACCCAGCCAGCCCCACCUCUACGCCUACACAACCCCCGCCGCUCUGGGCUCCACCGGCACCGUGGCCCACCUGGUGGCGACGCAGGGCUCGGCGCGCCACGCGGUGCAGCACGGGAGCUACCCGCCGAGCAUCGUCCACCAGGUCCCGGUCAGCAUGGGCCACCGCGUGCUGCCCUCUCCCACCUUGCACCACAGCCAGUACCAGGCCCAGUUUGCCCACCAGGCCUACAUCAGCGCUUCGCCCGCCUCCACUGUCUACACUGGAUACCCGCUGAGCCCCACCAAGGUCAACCAGUACCCUUACCUCUAGAGAAGACACUGACUGACACUGGAGAGCCCGACCCAGCGCCGCUGCUGCUGCCCCCACCCCCGAACCCACUCGACAUCCUAAACAUCCUCUCCUCGACCUCAGACAUAAACAGAGACAGAGGAACAUGCAAUCCUCAUGAAACUGUCACGUAUAACUUGAAGAUAUAACGACAGAGAGAAAAAGAGAAAAAAAAGAUUCACAGCCUCUCUAGAAGGGAAAGAUGGAGUUGAAUUUCAGAGGGGUACAGUCCUUCUUUCAAUUUUCUUUUUGUUCUCCUGAAAGGGCCAGUUUUUUGCUUUUAUUUGUCUAUUCUUCGCUUUACUUUACGAGGACAGUAAUGUCUCAUUAGUUUUACAGGGAAGUUUGAAACAGACCUUUUGGGACAAGCGGAGGCUUUUCUGGUUUGCUUUCUUUUUAUUUUCCCCUCUUAAAUUUGGGACGUGACUGUUGAACAGGGGUUACUGACUGGAAGUUCGGGAUCCCAAGAGGCUUGGGAGAAGGUGAAAUACGGAAACCUGCUGCUCUUCAAAGAAAAAAAAAUAUUGAUGGCCUUGAACUGUCUUAAUAUUUCCAAAUCAUUCAUGGUGUGGGGGAGAAAAAGAGAGGCAACUCCCCCCCACCACACUCCACCUUCUCCAGCCGAGGAGGCUUCUGGAAAUAUAACCAACAGAAGACAACAAACUUUUUAGUGUAUUUAUAGAUAUUUUUUUCUCCUUUAUGUUUCACCUUUAUGACGAUACUUCAGUUUUAGCUCUAGGUGUCUUAGCUGGGCCCCGUUCUUAGAAUGUAGCAGUCUGCACCUGUUUGUUUCAAUUUUUUUUUUUCUCCUGAUACCAAUAGAUUUAUUUGUUCCUCUUUUUUCUCAAUGUGAUUGCACAAAGUGGUUAUAAUAACAUAGGCAUGUACAACGUGAUUGUCUGUGUGUGCUACUGUCAGCCAUGCGUGUGUAGUCCACCUCCUUCAAAACUCUCCUCAGUCUUUUUAGGUUUUGACCAUUGUUCCCUCGUAGUGCCUUACAGAUAUAACGACACAGUUUACUUGGCUUGGAUCCUGAGAGCCACGAGAGACUAUAGCUAUACUUAGAGAGACAUGUUUCCCCCUGGUUUGACAUCCUAGUCGGGGCAGUUGUAGCUCUCUUCCAGGUGUAGGCUCAGCCCUCGCUGUUUUCUUGCCCUUAACGACAGCAUCCUAUAGAAUGAUGAAGAUUAACGUCAGAGUUGAUGUCGCGCUGAGCUAUUUUAUUAUGUGUGCAUGAGAUAACUUGCCUGGGGUACUUAACCAAAGUCAUAGAUAAAUUCUUGUUACAUUUUUGCUCUGGAUAUUAAUGUAAAUAUGAAAAAAUGUACAGUAUAGCUGUAGCUGUAAACCUCUAUCACCCAAAAUGUGGCUUUAGUUUGGAAUAUAUUUGUUUUUGUUUUUUUAAUAUAAUCACACAAGGGAAUUCAUGCAUCGUGACGACGGAGCACAGAGCUCAUGUACAGGGAAAUGAGUUACAGUACAAUGUUUGAGACACAGUAGAGGUCGUUAAAAGCUAGUCCGAGAGAAGGGGCCUGACAGGAAGUUAUUGUUGCCACGAGGAUGGUUCCGGAGGCUUAGGCUGCAGAGAGGAGGCAGAGUAUCGAGGGUUGUUCGAGAGAGAUACUGUGUAGGCACGAGUGAGGUGGCUGUUUGAGAGCGUAUAGGGUCAGUUUAGGUAGGGACUGUGGAGGGCACGGGUGAAACUCUAUCUUAAAUGGGACUAAAAUGGUAGCAGAAGUUGGCACUGAGCAGGUUGAUAGUAACACUGAGCCCGGGUGGUCGGUCGGUCGGUAGGUAGGAAGCCGAAGUGGCACUACCUUUACCUGAAUGCACACUUAGAAUUCCGACAUGAAUCCUGUUGUUGUUGUUGUCCAGCAAAGAUAAUUGGAAGUUGCGUUUGAGGUUUUGGCAUCUCAGAGCUGCAAGAACAGAACAGAAGGGAAAAAUGCCGCAGCGUACACCUGGAAGGGCACCUUGUUGUGGACGAUUUUUGUCGCCACUGUCCAUUUGUCUUCGAAGCCAGGUACACCACAGACAUCGCCACGCCAGCCGAACGGGAUACCUGAACACUUAGAGAACCAAUAGGGCUGUCACUUUGUGUGUUUGCUGCUUCAUUUCAUUUUUUUUUUUUCUCUCGUAGCCAACAUUACAAAUAAUCUCCUCUCUUCAUUUGUCCUCUUCAGCACAUCAGUACUGCUGGUGGUUUAGUGAAAGCCCCCCCCCCCUCUCUCCUUCAUGGUAUGCCAUAGUACUUGCAUUUGAAGUGAUUUUUUUUUUUUUUUUUAACUUAACAUUAUCUUGAACUUUUUUUUUGUUGACAUGGCUGUAGUACAUGUUGUGUUUAUUUUUUAGAGAUUGUUGCAAUAAUUCUCGUGGAUGUUUUAUCAGAGUAUGUGUGUGUUUUUAUUAUUAUUAUUAUUAUUAUUAUAUUUCAGGCUCAUUUCUAUUUUGUAACCCGGGGGUUGAUGUACAGUGAUGUUUAGUAUUCCGUGGAGGUGGGUGCACCUGUGUAAAAGUGUUGCAACACUGCUGGCGAUAGUAAAGUUGAUGAUAAUCCAAUGGGGCCCUUAUAGAUAGAUAGCUAUAGAUGCUUUUGGCUUGAGGGUGCCACAGCCACAGCCAGGAUUUGAAAUACAACAAUCCCCUGACGGGGCCCCAGAGUGGUUUGUCAUCCUGGUACUUUCCCCUCUCCACUCCCCGUCAGCUCCAGCAUGCAAGCCUUAGGGUUAAAGUUAAAGAUGUGAUUACAUAGUACAUUGCUGGUUACAUCAUUCUUCUCUGUUCUGUCUUAUUUUAUUUUAUUUUAUCUACUUAAUUUCCUCCAGGUCAUCGGGGCCUAAGCACACACACACACACACACACACACACACACACACACACACACACACACACACACACACAUACGCAUAUAAGGGAGAUGAUUUUCCAUUGAAAUCUUUUGGCUCCUCUGUUAUGAGACAGACUACUGAAACAUUCCACUGUUUGAGGGAAUUUGCCGUUAACACAUGCUACACUGCUGUCCUGUCCCCUCUCCUGUCCUGUCAGCGAGGGGAUAGCAUUGUCACUCUAGGACUUUUCUUUUCGCUCCUCCCACCAAAGAAAUCAACAGAUCGAUCAUGUACAGCACAGCACAGUAUAGUAUAGUACAAGCAAUCCUCCAGCAGCAGACAGGCAAUAACUUCUGGUCUCAUCUUUAAACGCGCUACAAGUUUGAGGACAUGUUGUUAAGCAAAAUGCAUGUGUGGACACGAUGUACGAGCACACAAGGAGGAUUUAACCUACUCAAUGCAUACUCAUUAAUUUGUUUAGAAUCUGGACGUUCAACUAUGAGAGGAGCUGCAGUCUGUGUUAAAGCUUUUCAUUACUCCUCACACUUGCGCCCUGUCUAGGUUGGAUGAUCAAUAAUUAUCUAACCUCUCUCCAAAUUGUUAAGCCAGUUGUUUUUUUGUUUGUUUUUUUACGUUGUUGAUGUUGUAGCUUUAUCGGUGUUGUACGAAAAAUGAAUUUGUAAACUUAAAAAAGUUUGUUUUACAUUAGCGUGCCAUGGAAUAGAAUGACCUGUAAAAAAAUGAAUUAAUCAAAAAAAUGUACCAACUAUACCUUUAAAAACUACGGUCGCCCGCACACAAAAAUGAAUGUAAUACGUGACCUGCGACGUCUGAAAUGGCUUUAGAUCUUUCUCAGUGGGUGACCAUUCGUUUGAUUUCUACACCGUUUGUGGCCAAGCACGAUGCAAUAAUUACACAUCUGAUCUCCAGCAAAAAUCCCAUAUGAGAGAAGUAAUGUAAAAUGACCACUAUCCUCACGAUUAGGGGGAUGUCAAAUAAUUUUGAGCUGUUUUCUCAAAUGAAACAUCCAAUUAAGAGAGGCCCGGUAUGCGCAACAAUGUGGAAAAUUACUUGAUGUGUGUGAUACCUUUUUGUCUAUUACUCUGUUCAGACAUAACCAAUGUUUUGUGUUUUAUAAAAAAAAGGGGAAUCAGAAAUGUGAGCAUUAACGUAGAUCGAGUGACCUUACAAUUACCAAAAUGUGCUUAAGUAGAGCGUAAAGAUGUUUUGUGUUGUUGAGGUGAGCAGAGCCUUCCCAGCUAGCGACUUUACUGUUAGAGCACUGCCUUCCAAAUAACCAACAGUACCUCCAAAGGGUUUAAGGUGACAUUUAAAUUAGAGAAGACAAAAUAAGGCAGUGUCUCACUCUCUAUGAAAUACACUCAAACUUCCAGCUUUGCUCACGGUGUUAACGUGAAUACUCCUCCUCCUGGAAAACACUGAGAAACAUUCCUGAGAGCAUGAUGGCGCAUAGUGCUACAUUAAGUCUUCAGACAGACUCCUCUAAGGUGACUUGGAGCUCGCAACAUCAAACCUACACAUUCAGUUCAGUAUAAACCGUUUGGCAAAGUCGCAGCUGCCUCCCAAAGUACAAAGGGGUUAGGAAGAGGUGUUGGGUGGAUUAAUCACGAGCUGAUGUUCUCUCAAAUUCAUAAUCUAGCUACACAAGCAUUCUUAAAGCCCUUUCGGAUGAGAGUGUAUGUUUUUUUUUAACUUUUCGUUGAGGAGAUCUGCUCCUUUCGCUGGCUAUUCAUUGGGGGAAUUCAGGGUGAGGUGGUCAAGGUUUGAUGCCAUCGCUGAUAGAGAGUGUUCGAUUACAAUGAAUGAAUUUAAGAACCAAAACUGAUUGAAAUACGAUUGUUUUUUCUUACUAUCUACAUCUAUUCUAAUUUGUUUAAAACCAGGUUAGGAUGUGGAUUCAUUUUUACCACCGUAAAUCCCCUAAAUUGCUGUUUUUAACUGAAAAAUGUAGCUUUUCCCAUUUCAGAGAGAUUUCUAGCCAAAGACAGUUAUUUUUGUGGUGUUCAUAAACGAAAUCUAGAAGUGGUAGACCAAAGCUACAGUCAAAGCUAGAUGUACACUACAAAAAUAUUCAUCUAAAGCUAGAGGUCAUGUCAAAAGUUAAAAUCCCUUUUCUCAAAAUUGUAAAUUAGCGUAGCUCAAUUUCUCAAAUAGCUACCUGCACAACAGUUUAUUUGCGUUUUCUAAAGACCUAAGAGUGCAUCAAACCCUGACCCCCUUUUGUGUCCAUUGCUGUAUGGUUUCUCAACGGUGUAAAAUCUCAUUCUUUGUCGAUAAAGCUAACGUGUGCUGCAGUAUUUCCUAGUAUACUUCUCUGUUAAUUGUCUUUUUCUUAUUUACUUUUGUUUAUCGGGGUGUGAUGUCUCAUUAUUUCAAUCUGUUGACGUAGCGUUCUAUGUAUACCCUGUUCCUUAGCCUAAUAUUAUUAAGUAUGUUAUGAGAAUGGAUAUUUUACUGGCUUUAUAGAAUGUUUAAAUAAAUAUAAUAAUGACAAUAAGAAGAAGGAUUAAUUAAACCUCCUAACAAGUUGAGUACUUGCUACUAAGCGCUUGUGUUACCAUUAUGAUGUUGUGUGCUUCUCUUAAUCAUUUUCGUUGUAGAAAAAUGGAGUGAAUUUAUAUUAGGCUUCGAAAAAAAAACUAAUGAUAGCGUUGUAAAUUUCACGGGAGGAUUUUAACAGACAAACAGCUUCGUCAAAUAGAAGAAUAGAGUUAUUUUAAUUGUCCUCUUUACUAACUGUAGGGUGAGAAGGGGCUCGCGUUGUGGUGAACUAUGUUAUAGCUUGUUAUUCACUGUUACUUUUGAUCAUUUUUUCGGUCUCCGAGGUGAAUCGAGUUAUUAAUGAGAAUUUGUAUGCUCACAUAUGCAUAUUGUAUAUGUGUAGAAAUGUAAUCACACUUUGUCUUGGAUUUACAUUAAACUGUUAAGUCACGGCA